ACGGGAACGAGGUGUGGACAGAAUUUCAGAGCAAACGCCUAAUGGUGGCGGUUGAUUACAUAAGUUGACUUAUUCAGUAUCCCUCCUCGAGGCUCCUCGGUGUUCAUCGUUCAACGUUCGUGCUCCUCCACAUCAUACAAUGCAUGACAUCUGUCAUUUGGAUCGUGACUGGUUUGCCAAUGCACUUACCACCUUUCUCAUCUUUGGUCUCUUCAUAUCCUAUGCCCCGCAGCAUUUGCGAAUAAUUCGGAUGGGCUCUUCCGAGGGGUUUAGUCCAUGGUUCUUGUUGCUUGGUAGCACGUCUUCUGCGGCGGGAAUGCUUAACAUGAUUGUGCUGUCCUGGCCUACAAUUCAGUGCUGCAAUGAGCUGAGCGCGGGGAGAUGCAUAGAAAUCACUGCUGGAGUCAUACAAGUUAGCCUGCAGUGGGCUUUAUUCACCGUUAUCUUCGUUCUGUACAUGAUCUACUAUCCCGCCCGGCUCAAAUACGUUGAUAUUGACAUCCCUGCUCACGACACGCUUCCUCCUCAGCAUGUCAGGACAAGGCUUCAAAGUGACGAGUGGCGUCUUUCUGUAAACGUCUCGUGGGCUGUUCUCAUUCACCUUGCUCUCAUCACCUUCGUUACAUUCUUCCUCCUUUUCACGCGCAUUCCGGAGCCUAGCGGAGAGGUUCCACGUCAAAUAUCCCUGUGGGCGACCUUCCUGGGCGUCAGCUCUGCAUUGCUUGCAGCAAUUCAAUAUGCGCCACAGCUGUUGCGGACUUAUCGUUUGAAACUCGUCGGUGCGCUGAGUAUCCCCAUGAUGAUAAUACAAAGCCCUGGUGCAGCUGUGAUGUCCAUAUCUAUCGCCCUUCGUCCUGGCACUAACUGGACAAGUUGGGCGAUGUAUGCCGUUUCUGGCAUUAUGCAAACCACCUUACUGGCCAUGUGCAUCGCAUGGAAAUUCCGUCAGCGUAGACUCAAGAUUAAUGAUUUUGGUUACUCACUGGACAGUGGCUCGUCCACUCCGUCGACGGAUGACGUUGACACCGUCGUUGGCGAAGUUUCAGAUCCCCAAGUUGGCGACGGUUCGUUUGACAGCGAUGCGGAAGAUGCCCGUGAAGACGCACCACUUCUGGCAAAACCAAACCGUCCGAGCAGGAAGUCCAGGUUCUUUGGCUGGCUGAGAUCAUGAGCAUGUGGUGUUGGAGCGUUCUUUUUUUUUGUCAAUUCUUAUAACUUGGAUUUUGGAUAGUAGUAGACCAACUCCCGUAUUAAUGACAUGACAUGCAUGUGCAGUUUUACUUCAUUCUGAAAAAGGCAAC